GACAGUAUUUAUAGUAUUCUAACCUAAAAUGUUUUAAGUCUUUUGCCAGUAUUUUGUUUUUGAUUGUGAAAUAACUGUUUUCCAUUCUGUAAAUGAUGAUUUUAAGGGUGAUUCGACUGCAGUCGGCCUUGAGUAGAAAAUAUGCGGUGCGAACAUUUGCCACAAGAUCCGUGACAAAUCUCUUCGAUAGAGGUUUCGUUAAAGAAGUCUUUCCACCGGAUUCAAGACACAAAAUCGAAGAGAUUACAACUGAAUCGCCACAAAGCAUUUAUGCUGGAUUUGAUCCAACUGCAGACAGUCUUCACAUCGGAAACUUAUUGGUUAUCAUUGGUUUGCUUCAUUUUCAACGUGCCGGUCAUCAUCCGAUUGCUUUGGUUGGUGGAGCUACCGGUAUAAUUGGUGACCCAAGUGGCAAAUCUACCGAACGGAAUGCACUGGAAACGAAAGAAUUGAAACAUAAUUUAUCGUGCAUAAAGAAGCAAUUGCAUAAGAUUUUCGAUAAUCAUCGAAAAUAUCUAUGGAAUGAAAAAGUGCAGGGAAAAUUGAACGCAGUCAAAUAUGUUGACAAUGCUGAGUGGUAUGAGAAAAUGUCAUUUUUGGACUUUAUCGGAAGCAUCGGCCGACACUUUCGUCUCGGAGACAUGUUGAAUCUAACGUCGGUGCGUUCCCGAAUGGAGAGUGACGAAGGAAUCAGUUUUACCGAAUUUUCUUACCAAGUAUGCCAGUCGUACGAUUGGUGGCAACUGUUCAAACACCAUAAAUGCCGCUUUCAACUGGGUGGAGCCGAUCAAUUGGGCAACAUCAGUGCAGGGUAUCGUUUAAUCAAGCGGUUAGAGAGUAAUAAAAAUGCCUUCGGUAUCACAAUACCUAUAUUGACUACGCGAGACGGCAAGAAGCUGGGAAAAUCUGAAGGCAAUGCAAUUUGGCUUCAUCCUGAAAAAACCUCACCAUUUUCAUUGUACCAAUUUUUCGUUCGAACACCAGACGACGAAGUGGAAAAUCUUUUGAAAAUGUUGUCCUUCUUUUCACUCGAAGAAAUCAACGAGAUUAUGAUUGAACAAAAUAAGGCCACACAUCUGAGGCUGGCGCCGAAAAAAUUAGCCGAACAAUUGACUCUUUUGAUACAUGGAGAGGAUGGACUAAAGAAAGCCCAACAAGUCACAGCAGCUCUGUAUGAUGGAGAUUUUGCUGCGCUGUCAUCACUGAGCCAAGCUGAAAUGAAGAGCAUUUUCGUUGGUGCCAAGGUGCAUGAGAUUUUACUCGAGCCAGGAAUGACGGUUCUAGAUUUAGUGCUCAAAGCCAAAAUUUACAAACAUGAUCGUGAAGCAAUGAGAUACAUAACACAAGGUGGAUUCUAUAUCAACCAAAAUCGAUGUAAAAAUAUCGCCGAAGUGAUAUCGCCCGCUGUGCAUAUUUUAGCCAACAAUUUCACACUUUUACGGACUGGAAGCCGCAACUAUUUUAUUAUUAGUUGGAGAAAGUGAAGAAUUAUAGCAAAAUUCAUCAUGUAAAUAAAUUGUUUAAUAAUAAAAACAAAUACAAAUUUAAAAAAAAAAA